ACACAACUUUGCGUCGUUGAAGAAGAGUACCUAAUUUUGUCCUGUGAAUUUUCUGCAAUUUUAUAGAAUAUAAUGUCUCAAAGGUUUGCUCCUGGUCAGCCAGGGCAAUCACCAGUGCCUGGGCAACCUCGUUAUCAACCACCACCACCUCAAGCAGCCGGUAUGCGUCCGUACGCUGCAGGAACUGGUUUUCCGCAAAGGGGAUUUCCUCUUCAUCCCAGCAAUCCCCAACCUGUGCAGACCAAUACAAAUUCACCUGGUGGCCCACCGCUACACCAGCGUGCCACUCAGCCGGGUUUUCAAAGUGGUUUACGUGGAACAGGUAGUGGUGGGGGCAGUAAACGGUCUGCCGAAUCACGUACUGUAAGCACUACACAAGGUAAAAGUGAAUUUUCAGCCGCAAAAAAGAAAAAGAAGUUGGCCGACAAAAUUUUGCCACAGAAGGUACGUGAUCUGGUACCAGAGUCUCAAGCUUAUAUGGAUUUGCUAACUUUUGAAAGGAAAUUAGAUACAACUAUAAUGAGAAAACGUUUGGAUAUACAGGAAGCACUAAAGCGACCCAUGAAACAAAAGCGUAAAUUGCGAAUUUUCAUCUCAAAUACUUUUUAUCCUAGCAAAGAACCGACGAAUGAUGGUGAUGAGGGUUCGGUUGCAUCUUGGGAACUUCGAGUGGAAGGGCGAUUGUUGGAGGAUGGUAAGGGUGAUCCAAAUACAAAAAUAAAAAGAAAAUUUUCAUCAUUUUUUAAGUCACUUGUCAUUGAACUCGACAAGGAGUUGUAUGGACCAGACAAUCAUUUGGUUGAGUGGCACCGUACUCAUACGACACAAGAGACCGAUGGUUUCCAAGUUAAAAGACCUGGUGAUCGAAACGUACGAUGCACCAUACUUCUGUUGUUGGAUUAUCAACCAUUACAAUUUAAGUUGGAUCCACGUUUAGCACGUCUGCUGGGUGUUCAUACACAAACCCGGCCUGUAAUAAUAUCUGCCCUGUGGCAGUAUAUAAAGACUCACAAGCUGCAAGACGCCCAUGAAAGGGAAUACAUAAAUUGUGACAAGUAUUUAGAACAAAUCUUUGGUUGCCAACGCAUGAAAUUUGCCGAAAUUCCUCAAAGACUCAAUCCUCUUUUACAUCCACCGGAUCCAAUUGUAAUUAAUCAUUUCAUUGAAAGCGGAGCUGAAAAUAAACAGACAGCAUGCUAUGACAUCGAUGUUGAAGUAGACGAUACUCUUAAAAACCAAAUGAACAACUUCCUUAUGAGCACUGCCAAUCAGCAGGAAAUACAAGGUCUUGAUGCUAAAAUUCACGAAACCGUGGAAACGAUCAGUCAAAUGAAAACUAAUCGGGAAUUCUUCCUUAGUUUUGCUAAAGAUCCUCAAACAUUCAUACAGCGAUGGAUAGUUAGUCAAACGCGCGAUUUGAAGGCAAUGACCGAUGUGGCCGGUAAUCCGGAAGAGGAACGCCGUGCUGAAUUUUAUUAUCAGCCUUGGACCCACGAAGCCGUGUCUCGUUAUUUCUUCACUAAAGUCAAUCAGAAACGUGCUGAACUUGAACAAGUACUGGGUAUACGAAAUGGUUAAGGAUAACGUUUUACGUUUGUUCCCCACUUUCGGUUUAGUUUUAAUACUUAUCUGUCUAAUUUAAUUAUUUUGUCAUAUAAGUCAGACGGACUCAUUUAAAUAUAUAAAAUAAUGUUAAGGGAUAGCAUUGCAUUGUAAGAGAUGUGCGAUUAAAAGAAUAAUCAAACGUUAAGACUAAUCAAUUUAUCGUUUAAUCAACAUUCCUGAGUUAACAGAACUAUAACUAAUCAAUUUGAAAUUAUGUUUUUUUAAAUUGGAAUAGAUUUAUUGAAGGCAAAUUUAAUCAAGAAAUAAAAUCGAAUCCUGUAAACAAAGUGUAUGAUUUAUCGAAUACAAAAUUUGAUUAGUCAGGAUGUUUGAUUAAUCGAUUAUCAGCGCAUCACCAAUUGUAACAAUUUUAUUGCAUAAUUUCUUUUUCAAUAUAAAUAUUAAUUUAAAUUCAAAGCUAAAUUUAUAUGUUUCCAAAAGAAUAAACAUUAAUAUAAUUAAGAAAAA